ACAUCAAAACUCAAAUCACCCCAAACAAACAAACCGACCUCCCAUCUCCCCAAAUAAUAAUAAAUAAUAAUAUUAUUAUUACUCCCAUUUCCCUUUCCACCCCCUCGUUCGCAUCGCUUCUUCUUCCUCCUUCUAAACCCCCACCACCAUGAGCAGCGGCGAGGCUAGGGUUUCCAUUCCUCACAACGCCCGUAAACUUAUUCAACAAGUCACCAAAACCCUAACCCACAACCACACCGAUGCCUUCGUAUACUCCACCCUCAUCGACUCCGCCAUGGAUCCCGCCGAAGCUACCCGCAGAUUGAAGAUGAUUCACGACAUUCGAGAGAUUGCCGGAAAGCACAGCGUUGAGGAUGUCUAUACAAUGCUCAAAGAGUGUAAUCUCGAUGCUAAUGAAGCUGCUCAGAGGCUGUUGUAUAUCGUUGAAUCAAGGCUUGUUGUUUGAUGGAUGUGCUGGUUUUGGAUCAAUCUAUACUUUUCAUGUGGUUAAAAAGAAACACGACCGGCGAAAAAUCAUAAGCAGUGAUGUUUCUCAAGAGAAUAAACAGACACGGGGUAAUCAAUGGAGGGGAGAUAAGGGUGGGCGAGGGACUUUCUACGCGUCAAAAGUUUUUGAAGAUGUUGGCGGUGGGAGAAAUUUGAGUUCCGGGAAGGAAUAUGGUGCUACUAAUCGCGUAGAGAAGGUUUUGAAGCCAGCCGUGCCAGGUCAUAUGGGAAAAGAAAACAACAUAGUACAUGUGUCAAAUUCUUGUGCCAAUGUCAAUGGUACACCAGCUUUAUCCAAUGGGAAUUACAACCAUAAGCUUGCAUCUGUAUCACCUGCAGAUAUCGCAUCCCCUACCUCGGAUCAUGUUGUCGUUUCAUCUCAGAACACCAAGCACAUGUGCGCUGUGGGUACAAUAAAAUGUGAGAUCGUAAAACGUAGUGGUUCUAAUGAAUCAAAUGCAAGAAUUCCAGCUGGCAAGAAGUUUACUGCUGAUCAGUCAGGUACAGGUACCAUUUCCAUUAUCGCAGAAGCUGUAGAUUCUGACCGAAAGUCGAACGUAGCUGAAAAGAACCAGAUCUCAGAUUCUUCGCAGCCUCUUUUGUCGUCAACCCAAAACAGCGGACAGGUUGUCAAUUCUAUUCAGGAUAAUCAGCAGCAUCCUCAAUCAUUAAAAGAGCCUCUAAAUGAUUUGGUUCCCGAAGAAGAAUCUGAGUUGACUAUAUCAGCUUCGAAACUUGAUGUGAUGUUGGAGAAGUUGACGUUAUCUUCUCACCAAGCUGUUAUUUUCCCUGAUCAUAUACAAGUUCCCGAAAAAUAUAAAAGUCAGUUCGUAUUCGGAACUUUGGAUGUCACUAUCGAUGAUUGCAAGCCUAUUUCCGUUACUGAAUCUACUCAGCAAAACGAAGUUGUAAAAGAACCUUCUUUGAGCAAUGGAAACGCUUCCGCAAUAGCGCAGGAAGGUGAAGUUCAAGAUCAUGUUUCUGAAGAUGUAUCGUGUUUAGAAGAUAACAUCGCACCUGAAUCUUCUGCUCCAACACACGAGCAGACGGUGGAGAUAGUACCCCCUCCCCCUUCAACGGGAUUUCAGAAUAUUCCGGUUCUUCAAACCACAAGGGACUACUAUGGUUAUAUGCCACCUCUUAUGGGCCCACAUUUUGUGCAACUUGAUUUACCUGAGCCACAGAAUGGGCACUCUCAAGCUGUAUCUUCAGUGGGUCAGUCUCCGGUAACACAACCUGCAAUCGCUAGCCAGAGUACUUUAGCGUUAUCCCCACCGCUGUUUCCUUAUUUCAGACCAUAUCCAAACUACAUCCCUUAUAACCCGUAUUUCCCGCAUAUGUAUUUGCCGCCAAAUGCCCAUUUGUUGACCCACGGUGUCUUCCCUCAGCCAUCACUGCCACCAACUGCUGUCAAUGUCCAUCAUAUGGCGGCAACAGCAGGGCUGACGAUACCUACUCCUUCACAGAACAAACAAGGAAGUAACGAAGAUAAUACCGCAUCUGAAACAAAAGAUAACACUAUUCUUUCAACGGUUCAACAGGUUGAAGAUACACAAGCUCGGGCUCAAGCACCUCUCGAUUUACCAAAUAUACUGCCAAAUUAUUUCUACGGCUUCCCACAUGGACAACACAUGGCGGCCUUUUCGCCUUUACAAGCUGCUGCGCUUUAUCAUUCUUCACAGACCAUGACCGCUCAAUCUACCAUACAACCGCCAUUCAUGUAUCAACAACCACCACCUACUGGCGGUACGAUUGAACACUCUCAACAUCAGCAUGCACCACAGAUAAACCAUAACGACACCGCAUUAGUGAACACGGGGACUGGUUGAUUUUAGGUUUGUUACAUCAUGUUGAUGUUUUUUUGGAAGGAGAAGAUAGGAUAUAUUUUGACUGACCCAAUUUGUAUAUAUACAAAGUUUGGGCCAUUGUGAUUUUUAAACACUAGGUAGGGAUUCAUGAGGGGCAGUUGUGAUUGUGAAACGUAUCAAAGUUUUCUAGUCAGAAUGCGAUGUUAGAACUUGAAAAGCUCGAUUAUCAUACACCGUUAGCUACAGUUUUUUCGUUUUGA